AUGGAGCCGAACCAGAACGUGUGGGGGUUGAACGAGAGUAGCAAUGUGACGGGAGAACACUAUGAGACCGGCAUGGACGGUUUCAUCGUCAGCUUCAUCUUCAGCCUCAUCUUUUGCCUCGGAGUCCUGGGCAACUCCCUGGUCAUCACGGUGUUGGCCCGCAGUUCCCCGCACAAACCUCGAAGUACCUCCAAUAUCUUAAUCCUCAACCUCAGCAUCGCCGACCUGUCCUACCUUCUCCUAUGCAUCCCCUUUCAGGCCACUUACUACAUCUUGCCCCAUUGGGUCUUUGGGAGCUUUCUCUGCAAGUUUGUCCACUACUUCUUCACGGUGUCGGUGCUGGUCAGCUUCUUCACCCUCUCGGCCAUGGCUGUGGAUCGCUACAUUGCCAUUGUCCACUACAGGAAGUCCCCGUGUAUUCGAGUGGCCAGACGCACAAUGAUCGGCGUGUUGUUCAUCUGGUUGAUCUCGUUAGCCGCUGCAUCGCCCGAGGCGUACAACCACGUGCUGAUAUACAAGGGUGACCUCGGUCCCUUCUGCUGGGAGAUGUGGACGGUCCUCCUGCACAAGCAAGUCUACAAAGUGGCCACCUUCGUGGUUGGCUACAUGCUGCCUCUGCUUCUCAUCUGCUACUGCUACGCCAAGGUCCUGAAUCAUUUGCGCAGAAAACUACACAAUAUUUCAAAGAAGUCCGAAUCUGCAAAAAGGAAGACCGCCCAGACGGUACUCGUGGUGAUCGUGGUCUUCUGCAUUUCCUGGCUUCCCCACCACGUGAUCAAUUUGUGGAGUGAGUUCGGCACAUUUCCGCUUACCAAUGCCUCCUUCAUCUUCAGGAUAGCGGCCCACUGCCUGGCCUACAGCAACUCGUCCGUCAAUCCCAUCAUCUAUGCCUUCCUGUCGGAAAAUUUCAGGAAGUCCUACCAGCAGGUGUUCAGGUGCAAAAUCCGGAGCACCUCUCCUCUGAACGAAGUCAAGGAAUUUCAAACUGCAACAGACAUUGUACAGAUGACUGCACUGAGCAGUGAGCAGAAUUAG